CUCUCCCUCACUAGGUUAGUACUCGGCUGUAGGUGAGCAAGACUCGGACGGCUUCCCCAGAGAGGUUCAUAAAGGGAAUUAUGGCUGCCAAAACAGCGCUGAUUGUCUUAGCUCACCAGGAGCGGACGUCCUUUAAUUACGCCAUGAAGGAUGCAGCGGCAGCUGCUCUGAAGAGGAAGGGGUGGAAUGUCUUGGUGUCGGACCUGUAUGAAAUGAAAUAUAACCCUGUCUUGUCACGUGCCGAUAUUAAAGGUAAAUCUAAGGACCCAAAACAGUUCAAAUAUGGCCCUGAGACAUUGGAAGCAUGGAAGGAAGGGCGCCUUACCAAAGACAUUGUUGAAGAGCAGAAGAAGAUUGAAAAAGCCGACCUGAUUAUUUUCCAGUUUCCCUUAUAUUGGUUUGGAAUGCCGGCCAUAAUGAAAGGAUGGGUGGAACGAACGUUCUGUAUGGGCUUCGCAUACAGUAUUCAGACAAUGUAUUCCAAUGCAGGACCGUUCAAGGAUAAGAAAGCCAUUCUCUCAUUCACCACUGGUACCUCAGAAGCAAUGUACUCACCUAAAGGGAUCAAUGGAGACAUAAAUGUUAUGUUAUGGCCACUGCAGAAUGGGAUUCUGAAUUUAUGUGGGUUCCAAGUCCUGGAACCUCAAAUCACAUAUUCUGUGGCUCACUUACCUCAGGAAGCUCGAACUGGGAUGCUGAAGAGCUGGGAGAAGCGACUUGAGACUGUCUGGGAUGAGAAAACCAUCAAAUUCCUUCCUGUCCAGGAUUUUGAAGACAUGGCCAAUGGAUUCCAGAUGAAGAAAGACGUGGAGGAGGCCAGGUCCGAAAACAAGUAUGGUCCAACUGUAGGACAGAACAUGGGCAAGCCGCUGCCACCCGACAGCCAGUUGAAGGCUGAAGGCACCCGAUUGUGAGACUGUUUAGCAAAGUGUUUAUGUGGGGCAGAUUGCCCUUGUCAGAAAAGAGACCAUACAACCAUAUAACUAUGCCGGUAGCAGCACUUCAAAGACCAUCACUUAUAGGACCUACACAGACCUCUCUAACUGUUCUAUGGAACAUCCUCAUAUUCAUAAUUUUAUACAGUGAGGUUCUGUUCAAGCUAACAUUUUAUUGUAUGCUCUGUUCCACCAUCUUAACAGUAUCGCUACCUCAUGUAACUGUCUUCAUGUCAGUUGCCGAUAUAACAUUUUCAUGUUUACCUCAAUGUCUUUGGUGAUUCUGUCUUCCUGAGGUAUACAUCGGGGAGUGAAGAUGUUUUUAGGUAGAUUUAAGAUCAGCAAACAGCAAGUGAUGGAAAGUGUAUAACUGGGUACACACUUGGCUGGCGGCUCAGCCGACCGAUAUAAUUAUUGGUAAGGUUUUGUGCAUAAAUUAUCUGGUGCAUACACUCUUACCAAUUCUCCGCCCAACAUGCCUGGUCACAGGAACCCAUAGUGACGUCAUUGUCGGUGGGUUGCCCGUACACACAGGCAGAUGUACCGGUAUAUCUGCAAGCUAUAUCGCCAUGUGCUGGGCUGUACAGCCAACGUGAUAGGUCUUGGAACGAUGCUGUUUAUAGAUAUAUUGGGUGUACACACGAACAGGUGUACAUAUAUCACUUGUCAUCUGUACUCAGCCUAAGCAAUCAGAAUAAUCAUUAUAUUAUAGAAGCCAGACAGAAAAAUGUAACAAAUAUAUUUAACUUGAAAAUAUGUAAAAUUCAAAAUGUUGUUUUGAACAUUUAAUUAAAAAUAUUUUCCUAAGUGGGAA